UGAAUGUAAGAAUGUAAACACAAAAAAUGGCGAAGUUUUUGGGUUUGGAUAAAAUAGCUAGAUUAUUUCAAAUUAUUAAAUUUAAUGGUGGAAUUAGAGGCACUUUGCACAAAUUAUACAGGUUUGAUGAUGCCAAAUUGGGAACCCUUGUGGGUGUAGAUAAGUUUGGUAACAAGUAUUAUGAAAACAACAUGUAUUUUUACGGACGAAAUCGCUGGGUGGAGUACGCCGAUAAAGUUGGUAUGGACUACGACGGGAGUCAGAUACCACCAGAAUGGUUUGGUUGGAUGCACUACAAAACAGACCUGCUACCUACACAGGACCCGACUCGUCCGAAAUACCAUUGGAUGUCGGAGCACACAGAAAACAUGUCGGGCACCAAGUAUGCCUACAUGCCCUAUAGCACAACGCCGCCUAAGAUUCAAGCAUGGACUCCACCAAAACCCAAAGCGAGCAGCUUGUGAGUGUGUGUGUGUGUAUAACAACUUGUAUCAAGUGUAAAUAAAUAGUUCUCGUAAUUUAAUCAAAGGAUUUUGUGAACUCACUUAUGGUGUUGGAUCUUCCUGUAUGCUUGCUACUUAGGAAAUGAGGUGAUGAAUGACCGACACAGCGGAGCUGUAUACAUGGUCCUUCGUUAGAGACACUCAAGCAGGCAGUACACUGGCGUCAUAGAAUAUAUUUAACUCCUAGACCUAAAUAUUUGUAACAGAAAGAAUGCACUUAAUAUAAACCACAACAUCUAUUAAAAUUUGGCCUUCAGGUUUAUAGUACACUACAUUAAAGUCAUGAUUGUGAAAAAUAUGAACCAAAAUCUCUUGUGUACUGGGUUGUGUUUAAUGACAGCAAUAAACUGGCACAAGAACAGUGACGCAGUGUAGGUUUGUAGGAAAUUUGACCUCUGGAUAAAGCAACCAGGCAGUUUGAGUACUUAUGCCCAGUUGCCCCAUCAAAUUGACUAUUGAAACAAGUUUGUUCUUCUCACGGAUGCAUGCUUUCAAACCAUCUUGUUGGAUAAGAUCUCGAGCUCACAAUUGUAUAAUUGUAUGGUUCUAUUUAAAAUGUGAUAUAAGAAUGUUCAAAUAAUGUUUUAGAAAUUAGAAAUUUUUUAUUUAUUUAUUUUUUUGAGAUUUGUAGCUUGAAUAAAAAAUAAAAUAGCAACUAAACUAAA